CCCGGGCAGUCCCUACCCCCGCGCCGCUCGGGGGCAGGGGGCGGAGCGGGGACGAGGCGCACGAUGGCGGCGGCCGGGCCCGAGGCGGCGCUGCCCGCUCUGGCCCAGCAGCUGGGACUCGCCGCCCGAGCGGAGCGGCUCUCGGAGGCCUCGUCGGCCCCCGGCUGCCUGGAGACCGUGCGGCGGCUGACGGGCCUGUUCCGGGAGGCGCGGCCCAGAGAAAUGGCAGAAGAAAGUAUGUUCCAGAGUCUCCUGAAAAUCUUGACUAAAGCCUCAUGUGAAAUGGAAUUGGCCUGCAAGGAUUCCAUGGAACUGAUAACUCUAGACACAUGUCUGCUGCUUAUAGCAGAAUGUUUCAGAUGUCUACGGAAUGCCUGUGUUCGGUGUGCCAAGAAUCAAGAUGUUAUGAGGAAUUUGGGUCUGAUUGAAGUGUCUGUCCACUUGAUCCAGUUGCUUCAUGGAUUAGAAGUUGAACAGGAAUCAUUAUUGGCUGCUUUACGUUGUAGCCUCCAGUUUCUUGGAAACCUUGCAGCAGGAAAUGGAGAUUCCCAGAAUAGCAUUUGGAAGUGCGCUUUCCCAGAUCUUUUCUUGAAUUGCCUCAAUCACCAUGAUGAGAAAAUUAUUACCUAUUGCUGUAUGGUACUGUUCACCUGCCUUAAUUCAGAGAAAGUGGGAGAACUACUGAAGCAUAAGAACUUGAAUGUAGCUCUUGCUGUUGUAAAAGUCUAUAAAAAGCAACUGGAGUCUGAAUGGUCGUUCUUGAUUGUUACAGACCAUUUGCUGAAAUGUCCAGAGCUGGUAAAAGUCAUGUAUGCCAAACUGAGCAAUCAAGAAAGGAUUACUUUGUUAGAACUGAUAAUGGCCAAAAUAAGUGAGAAAAAUUCAAUGACCAGUGAGGAAAUGGCAGUGCUCUUGAAAGAUGCUGAAUUUCUUGCAAGCCUUUUCCAGGAGAAAUGUCAUGAUGUGCUCAAAUUAACUUCUGCUGCAAAUACGGAAGAUGAGGAAGCAAUAGUUACAAUUCGGCUUCUUGAUGUUCUUUGUGAAAUGACAUCGAACAAUGAACAACUGGAACAUCUGCAAACUUGUCCUGGUUUGCUUGAGACAGCUGUGGAUACUUUGCGGCUAACUCACCUGGCUGGGAAACAGACUGCAAAUAUCUUCACUGCCACACAUUCUAUGACAGGAGAGGGAGAAAUUUCACAUCCAGCUGUGGGUUUUAAAUCACACCUCAUUCGAUUGAUUGGAAAUUUGUGUUACAAGAAUAAGGAAAACCAAGACAAGGUUUAUCGAUUAGAUGGAAUUCCACUGAUCCUGGACAACUGCAGUAUUGAUGACAACAACCCUUUUGUGAAUCAGUGGGCCGUGUAUGCCAUCCGAAAUCUCACUGAGCAAAACGAAAGAAACCAAGAGGUUAUUGCACAGAUGGAGCAGCAGGGACUGGCAGACAAUUCCAUCCUCAAGAACAUGGGUUUGGAGAUUGAGAAACGAGAUGAGAAGCUAAUAUUGAAAUCUGUUCGAAAGAACCCAUCUUCAUGAGCAGUCCCAUGUAAACUUUUUGAGGAUUGUCACCAAGUAAAAAGAAGGCUAUUUCCCAAAUAAUACAGUAUGAAGGCCCUGUUAGGAUUUCCAUUUUUUUUUUUCCAGUUUAAGUUCCAAUCUGCUGGAAGUGUUAUGACCUUUUCCAGAGAAAUUGUCAAACAAUAAUGGUCAUUCACCACUGUGACACAUGAACACCACAAAUGCAAAAACCUUUUCAAAUCUGGAGAUUGGCGGUAAUUUCAUUAAUUCUUUGUUUUGCUAGUGGAAAAGUGUCAUGAAACCAGGAAACUGAUUAAUGGUUACUUAUCUCAUUUGUUAUACCUGAAGAUAAUGAUGGUUAAAAAAUCACUAUGAGAUAUCACUUCUGUGAUAUGUUAAAAGCAGCAGCGCUGAAUCAGUUCUAACUACCUAAUUAGUAAACGUUGGUACUUCAAAAAAUAAAUCAGAAUGUUUAAAUAUUUGUAUUUAUAUAAUGCAAUGACAGUGAAAGAUUGGAUGUACAUAAAUACUUUCUGAAUUAAACACAUACAAUACUG